AAUUUUAGGGUACAGUCGAUUAGCGUAUCGAAGAAAGGGCCUUGGCUUAUUGCAAGCUCUAAUAUUACAUCCAUCAUCUCAUCCUUCUUGUGGCUUACUACAUGGGCUAGUGUGUAUUGAAAGGCAAAUUGAGAACAUGGCCGAUGACACAAAAGUGUUCUCUAUUGCCGAAGAAGGCUGUUUACGUGUGAGUUCACAUAUUCGGCGAAUCGUAUACCACAGAUCCUUGAAUGUAUUGUUGGUCUUCUCCUCAAAUGGACCAAGAGACACAGAAAUCAAAGUCGUCGUCUUAGACAUUGCAUCGGGGACUGUUUUACAUGAUACGAAAGUGAGCCUUGCUCCUUCAAAUUCACCAGGGGUAAAUUCACAAAGGGAAAUUGUUUUUGAUGAUGACCUUCUUGAAAAUGAAUUGGAUGGAAUUAGUUUCCAGACAUUUAAAGAUCCUCUUAAAUGCAUUUCAGUUGCUGAGCGGGGAACGAUGAUAGUUGCUCACAAUGGCUUGCUUGGAGUUCGUAAAGACUUUGGGCGAGCACUGUUGCUGGAAUCUAUUCUCCUGCCUCCUGUGAUCUGUGAAGAAGAUGUUGUUCACAUAGAAUUGCCCCAUAAUGAGGCAAUGUUGCUGCGAGAAUGCCUCCAAACUCUGGAUCUGGGCCAGACGGAUUCAGAGCUGGGCAACAUGCAGACUCAAGUGAUUGCCCUACUCACCAAACACAUGAAACAGUACCUGUUUUCUGUUUCCAAAGGGUCUCGAAUGUCUUCCAAUUGGUGCAUAGUUAACCUAGAGUUGCCCUUGAAGACCUUGAAAGCAGUUUGCACUUACGCAGUGCUUGAAUUGAAGAAAAACAACCGAAGUAUCCCUGCGCUACCGAUUGCUUCUUCAAUUGUUGUCCGAUUAGCUUCGCUCCAGCAGCAAUCUAACCAACCACAGCUACCUCAACCCUCCUCUUCUUCCUCAUCGACCGUUGUUAAGGAAGACAUAGCCCCAUUCUACCACUCGGCUAGCAGCACCAGUAACAACAACAACAGCAGCAAUUUCAGCGGGAGCGCAUGGGAACCGAGUUUCUGUCCUGCCUUGCAUCCCAUGACCAGCGAAGCAUCAAGACGGGAAACGUUCGCCGGUUGGCCCCACAUGAACUACAAGUGGGCCUUGCCGGCUCAGAUGGCCGAGGCCGGCUUCUACCACCAGCCGAACACGCCGGAAAGCGACAGGGCCGUCUGCUUCCUGUGCAACGUCUGCCUCAUUUGCUGGGAGCCGUCGGACGAGCCUUGGUCGGAGCACGAGCGUCACGCGGCCACUUGUCCCUUAGUCAAAGGCGACUACACGUCCAACGUGCCCGUGGCCGUCUCGAUGGCCACCCAGCCGGCCAUGCAGCAAGAUUCUAAUCCAUCAGAAACCAUCGCCUGCAUCUCGACUACAACAUGCCCCGAUCUCUUUGCUACGUCCACGGCUGGUGGGUUGGUAGUGCUUUGGAAUAUCAGCGGAACCAUGAAGCGUGAAAUCUCGUUCAAUGCUGCCCAGAGAAGCCAACUGCAAUAUCCGAUUCGAGUUACUUCGUUAAGCGUCGUGUCGGGAUCGUUUUCAAAUGGCCAUCAGCCUGUUCGUUGCUCAUUAGUGUUGGGCGUGACGUUGGGACAUCAGCUGGAGCCUUUCCUAGUCGUUUACGACGUCACGUGGACCCGAGCUUACCAGGAUGUUCAACCAGAGCCUGGGCCAUCUACGCCAACGUCCAAUUCAUCUGGAUCGACCAUCAAGAAAGGUGGAACUACCAAAAAAGUCCUUUCAACUCCGCAUACCCUGAACGCCAACAAUAGCGGCCUGGGAUCAGCGGGCGCGGAUGCCAGUGCCAAUCCGGGUUUGUUCUUUUCCUUUGGUGAUGACGACGAAGAAAUGUACAUAUCAUCCACGAUGGACGCAAAUGAGAAACUCGGCAAAGCUACAGCAGGUCUGCUGAACAAGCUGAUGCACAACAUGGGCUCGCCUUUUACCAACUCGGUGAUACCGCAGCUCAUGAUGGGCGAAAAGAGUUCUUCCAGCCAUUCGUAUUCCGGCUCAGCUGCGACUGCAGCGCCACCCUUUGCGCUGUCGCCCAAAGCGUCGGACCAGCCGGAAGUCACAUUAAAUCAGUUGACGUUGAUGAAUCUGAAGGAUUGCGGAGUAGGAGAUGGAUUGGAAGUGGUCUCGUUGAUCCCGACGUGGGACGCUGGAUAUCUAGUGGCCGUUCUAGGUCCAGCUGAGAAGUCGGAGAUGCCAAGGAACAUAGAAGAAAUUGCAACUGAGCAAACGAAAGCCAGUUCUCAUAUUCUCCUGUUUCAGUUGAACGUUGGCGAGCCUGGAUUAGUUGAACGACCUGUGUGCCAGUUGAACAUGGCCGCAAUCGAUGAGCCGCGCUGUGUCGUGAUGCUGCCCUUUGGAGAGCGUAACGAUGAUCCGGAAUGGUCCGCUGAAGAAGAAGCAGCAAUGCGUGGACCAAUGAGAGCCGUCGUUGUGACUAAAGAUGGCCGGCUCAGAUUGCUGUACCUGGAUCCUAAACUCCCCAGCCCUCAGAUGACAUGGGUGGACUUGGAAUCGGUUUCGCCGCACAAGUUCAUGGACGCCACCUACUGCAGUAGCGUAGAAAGAGUGUGCGCUACAACCGAUAAAGGCGAUUUAGUAUUUUUCAAAAUCAUAACCCACGGUGGAGCAAUUAGUUCCAGACUUCAUCCUUCUGGCCUGUCUGGAAUGCGGAAAGGCAAGGAACCUUCUCCGACGAAGUUAUUAAUCCAUCAGCCGCUCACGCCUGAGAUUCUUCAAUCGUUGUACGAACUCACGCUGGCCGAGAAGCUUCCGCAAUCCUGCCAGCUGACCAUCAGUGCCGCAUCUUGCUGGAUGGAAAUGGCCGUGUCGCAAGGCCAACGCAGACAGCCGCAACCUUGGCUUUUGCAGCCGGGAAGCUGCACGACACCGAACAACAGUGGGAGCGAAGAUGGUCUUCAAAUGGCCAGAUUAUUUAAAUUGCAGCAAGAUAAAUUCAGCUGGGACGAACAUUUCUUCGAAAUGAACUUACCGCCGGGCGUGCCCGUUUCUCACGUUCACCUGCGCUUCGUUUUGGCCCCGUCUUGCUCCGUUCCACCGGAAAUUCAAGUGUCGCUGUUGGAGCAGCGUAGCCGCAGUUUGCAAUGGGGACGCACUUUGCUUACGACUAACCCUGCGGAAGAGGUGGAUAAUCUAAUCAAUUUCAACAUGGGCCAGCCGUUGCCUCGUUUCACGUCAUCCAAUUCAGAAUCCGCCAUCAAUCCUAUCUUGACGCAAGAGUACCUGGAAGCACACAACGCCGUAUUGCUGUGCGGGCCGUUCAAGCUGAACCAAUUUUUAGAUGCCUCCGGCCAAGUGGCCAUGCUCUCGCUUACUAGCCAUCUACUGAUGCAGUCUACGGCCAGGAAUUUUCUCGUCCACUUGAAAUACAUCCCGUCCGUGGCUCACCCAAAUUCUUUGAGUCUUUUAAACAUCCCACGGCCGAUGACUAACCCCUGCGGCCGUCGUACUAUUCAAACCAAAGGCUGUGAUUGGAUCCAAGAAGUAGCUAUUUCGGUCCAGCGUUUCAAAUCAACAUCUAUCCACAAUGAAAGGGCACAUCGUUGUGCUCUAUUAGCAUCGUCUAAUUUUACUGGCCAACUCCUGGAAUUCGCUUUCCGAUCCAACUUACGUCGUGAACACAUUAUGGCCCUCUGGAUUCUCAAUUGGAAAACAGCCGCUCAUUAUGGAGCUCCUUCAGGAGUCGCAUGUUUAACAACUGGCGAUGUGUCUGGCCACGUGGUGGAAAUCUUUAACAACCUGAAGGGCUUGCUUGAUCGGUUUGUGAUCCAUGGCAACCGGACAACAGCUCAGCAAGUCGUCCAACUUCUUUUUUCAUCCCACGAGCUGGGCAUAUGUUUAUCAGAAGAGGAAGUGACGGUCAUCACCAAGCAAAUGAUGCACUGCUUACUCCAGCAGCUGGGGUCGUUGCAAAACUGCGCUUCUCCAAGCGUUGUUCAUUGGUAUCUAGUUCUCUUGUCGCGCGUCUAUCUUCGCAGCCAAACUGAAGUCGCCGGACCGGUGUGGGCCGUCCUGACUCAGAUCAUCUCCGAAUUGCAUCGACGGAGGGAGCCCCUCCAGCAGUUACUUCAGAGCCGCUACGGCUUUUACGGCCGUCCUUUCGAAACUGAACUCAUGUUCAGUCUGACCGAAGAUCAACACUUCCAGCAAGUGUCGUCCACCAAGACUGUCCGUAAUAACAUCGCGGCCAAUUUUGCGGCGCUCAAUCAGCUCGUCAAUCCGCCCAGCCCUUGUGAUAAGGAGAAAAGCUAUAACAACCUGGACACGCUCUCGCUCAAGCGCUCUUGUGAUCUGCUAGAAGUCGAGCCGCUGCCAUUUACGCUCGUCUCUGCUAGCGAUGGUGUACGUCUGGAAAAAGCCGACACGGGCAGUUCCCAGUUCACCGCAGUUGUGAACGGCCUGGUGGAAGCAUCGAAGCUAGUAUCCCAUAAAGAUUCGCACGCAACUAGUCACCGUUGGCAGCAUUUGCUGGCCGUCAAUCCUCCGCUGGUCGUCGUCAUGGAGCGGCUCCAUUCCGGCGGCAGGAAGUUUGUCGUCUUGGAUUUCGGUGCUCCCAUUUUAUUGACGGACGUUUACAUCCCGGCCUGUCCCGAUUGGGUCUCGAUCACUGUUGAUAUCUGGAAUCGGACAGACAGGAGCAAGAGUGACACUGACUUGGUCCGUCUGACCACCAGCAGCAACAUCAAUCGUCGACCCGUCAUCUUACACGAUCUUCAGCCAUCAGUGAUAUGUCGCUUUUUGAGGCUGACCAUCACCGGACGUCAAGGAUUGAGUGCCACGAGUUGCAAAACGUCCAUAGGUUCUUUUUAUGGCCAUUCGCUCAUUUUGCCCAACGAUUUAAUUGUUCCAGCCGCGCAUGCUGAGGAUAUCCCCAUUUUAGGCCGCGAAGAAAUUUUGGAGAACAUUGCAACGCUGGAAGUAUUGGCGGAUCACAGCCAGUGCCAUUAUAAUUUAGCUGGAGAUCGUCUACGGAGCCUUUUGCGGCCUUUGUUGACCAAUUGGCAUAAAGAUGCAUCGGGAUCGUCCACCCACCAUAUCGAUCAUUAUUUACAAUCGCAAGUGAAUCCCGGUCAGACUGGAAGUUUAGACGAAGACGCUAAAAUAGUCGAAGCUUACGAGGAAUGUCUGAAGCUGCAACGUCAGCAAAAUUUGCUUUGGAGCGCGUUGCGAAGAUUGCGUCGAUGUCUGAGAGAAAUGGAGAGGAAAGAGCUGGGUGAAACGAGGAACGAAGAUGAGUCGGUCGCUGUCAGCCAGACGUCGUCUCACAAACUCCACUUCAUCGCCCAGAGUUUGGUCAAUGUCUUGCUGGCCUCGACGGCUCUGAAGAAACAGAUCAAAAUCGAGAGGAGGACGGCCGAGCAGCUCUUCCAGCAUCUCUACGUCACUUCGUGCCCGGCGUCGCAGCUCUCGACGGCCGCUCUCCUUUCUCAAUCGGACGACACUUAUCGCUGGAUGCCCAAUUUCCUGGCCGACAUGUUGAGAAAGACGUUGUCGUCCGACCCGUCCACUUGUCUCAUCCCCAAAGACAGGGUGUUUGUGACGCUUCUUUUCAUGGGAUUCAAAGCCAUCCAGCUUUCGUCCGGCAAUCACCUUCUUGAUCCCGUUUUAGCUGUUUUAAAUGAACAGCUUUCUGUGCUGGAAAAUCGGAACAACAGCAGUCCGUUCGCCCUUUCUCACUUGGAUUUACCCUUUGUCAACUGGCUGUUACUCUUCUGCUGCUGCUGUCUUGAUAGGACAGCUUCAGCGAGCACCAAAGAGACGAAAGCAAGAGAUCAACGAUGGGAUUUCAUGCAGGGUGAAUCGCUCCUGUCGCGAGAUGGAGCCGCUGCUGGCGAACCCAAGAACGCUGGGGGAUCGGCCGCCUCGCGCAUCUACCGGCGUAAAUUGCAAAAGAAAUUGAUGCAACAGCCGCACUACGGCGUCUCGUGGCCCAGCGGCGGCGUCCUCAGCGGCAGCAACAAGGCCAAAUUCAUCCUGGCCCAUUCCAAACAAAAAGGAGGCGGAUUUCCCAUGGAUUCUGGAGUUCAGAUGAGACGAGCAGCCAUGAUGGACGAAGAUAUGGAUUCGAAUGGAACGGACGACAAGGAGGGAGGAAACGGCAAUCGAUCUAUGCCUUCAUCGUGCGGGCAGGCCAUCUGUUCAUCCAGCGGCGCUGCGCAAGUGGCCAAAAAUCUCAUUUCCUUCCUUUUGGUCAUCGGCGCUUCCGGCGCUCACGAAGAGACUUUUCUGCUCACCUGCAAAGUCCUCGCCCGGCUCAUCGGCGCCUCCCAAAACGGACUCCGGUUAGGCCACAUCGCGGAUGAGCAACAGCUAACGACGUUAUUGCGUAUGGCGGCAUCUGCUAGUGGUCAACCGAGUCAAAUGUGGCUCAAUCACGCCAUCUAUUGCCUUCUGAUUGAUUAUCUACGAGCCGGUUCGACGAACAACAAAUCCAACCCGAUUGCAAGCGGGGAGUCCGCUGGGGCAUCCAAGAGCUGCUCGGUUAAUUCGGUGUUCACGCACGGAGCCUCGGGAUCGAGAUACGAUGAUAUCCUGCGAUCCGUGUGCGCGGAGCCAGAGGCUGGUGGCAGCGGAAGUAACGGAGCUGCGAGUAGUCCGAGUAGUCAUGGCAACAGCAGCCUGUCUCAUAUGCUUCCCCUGAAACCCAAAAUGAAGAUGGGCCAAGUCUCCAAGAAAUUACCACCCAUGACUGUGCCUCCCGAGCUGCUGGCCUACGAGCAGGCCAAACUGGCGGCCGAAUCGCUGAAAGUCGACCAGCACGUCGACGACCUCCUGGAACUCUUUGAGAAUCCCAAUUCGGAAUCGGUGCCGCCCGUCUUGAAGAAAGCCUGGCCGUCCAUCUCGAGCGUCGAGAAUUUUAAAUUUGUUAAAUCAAUUUCAUGUAAUUUAUCAAUUCAAUUUGAAUAUUGCAGUGUAAUGAAAAACCUGGCCGAAUGCAAGAGCGGAUUAUCGGCUAGUGGUUAUGGAUCCACGGCAGGAAUAUUGACCUCUGAAGAGGCGACAUCGUCGGGCGUCUGGGAUCUGCGAGACGAAUCGCGCAGCGACGGACCGUGGAAACACAAGAGCGACAUCCUCAGCGACGCCUUUUUCGAGGCCGUUUUACAAGGGCUAACGUCUUCGUUCCACGACAAUAAGAGGCGUCCAUUACCCGAAGAGAUUCCGGGUGACCCGAUCAGCGCCCCGACCCAACCGGACCAAAGACUUUUGUCUUCCGCUUUUAAUAAUCUUUUUAGUUCAGCAAGUUAUCUGAAGACCAAAACGGACAUAAUUGCCUCUCUGAAGCUGUGGGUGCUCCUCAACAGCGAAAAUUACGGUUCGUCGCUGGACUCGGACGGAGCAUCGGCCGCCAUACCCAACAGCAAUGGAGACUCGUCUGCUAUUUUGCUGAACCCCGAAGCUAUUCGCGGCGUGCUGGAAGUCUUGGCCAAAAUUCCCAUCCUCGACGUGGGAGACUGGACGGCCGUCUUGCGAAGUCUCACAUGGUUAUCGAGCCCUCGUUGGCUUUUGACCGAAACGGACCAACCCCAACAUUCAAUGGAAAAUGAACCUUCACGAUCCGAAGAGCUGGCCGAUCAGAUGUGCGCUGGAACAGUCAUCCGCAACCAGCACCUGACGGCCAUCCUCUACAAUUUCAUCAGCGGCCAAGGAUUGGUACCUUACUCUCUUGGUGACAAACAGCUGGUGGGCCCUUCCAUCAUUUCCACGCUGGGCGACGUCCUGUCCUGCCUGAAAGUGUGGUGUAAUACUGCGCUAGUAGGCAGCGUGCUCGGCUCUCAAUUGCGCAGUUCCCUUUUCGAACUGUUUCUCGAACUGGCAGUGCCACCUCGUGGCCCCAUAUUUCGCGGAAUCGGUCCGCUGGAUGCCCAAAUUUGCUUCGUCGAAGCUCUUCUCAAACUCGGCGUUCAAGGACUGGAUAAAUCUUUAUCGAUCAGAGUCAUUCAAGCUGUUGUGAGCCUCAGUCAAAUGUUUUUGAGCCGUUCGCGAGGUUUGUCUUGCAUCGACAGCAGCAGUCAACUUUCCGAAGAUGAUCGAAUCUGUUUCAGUGGGUUGCACACCGCCUCCGCAAUGGGCGGUCCGCUAGGUGGCAGUGGUAAUAACAAUGGCAGAGCAUCGGCAAUCACUCCUUCAGUGCUGUUGACACUCAGCCUCCAACUGGCCAUCCGGCUGGUGUCGUUUGCUGAAUAUGGGCCGUCUUUGAACUUGGCCGAUAAUGUGCUGUCGACGCGUCCGCUCAUGCACGAACUGCUGGACGCGGCAAACUACUGCCAGGCUUCUUCCUUUGCGUCCAGUUUGGGCGCAACAGCCCUUGGCGAUUUUGAUGUGGCGUUCAAUAAUUUGCAUACGGUGGCCGAUUUCACGCUGGAGCUACUUCAUCAGAUCGCCAUCAAAACUUCGGAUGUCAAACUCAUGUUCUAUCGGCUCAUCGAAUACAUGAAGCCUGACGUGGCAACGCCGUUUUUGCCCAAUCAAGGAUGUAGCGAUCUCUCUGAACCUUUGCUCAUCUUCAUGCUGUACGUUUUGAAAACGAAAGAAAAUGUGGACAUCUUCCAUCAAGUCGAAGGAUUUAAGGAAGUUUGCCUGGCUUUAUCUCGAACACCUGUCCAGCUCUUUAACUCCCACAAUCGUCUGGUCAGUAACGUUUUAUCGUACGUGAGUCAGACGACGGCCACCAGUGGCCAAGGAGCCAAUCGAACGCGGCUGAGCUCACGUCAGGCGCGCAGUGGAGGCGCAUCGAUAUUUCCCGGUGCCGCUUCGUCAUCAUCGGCUAAUGCUGGAAUCCUUCAGAACAGCUACGUGGACGCUACAUCAUCGCUCGGACCUCUGGCCGUCUUUCGGCGGAGUUGCCUACGGUUAGACGACGACGAUGAGUACGGCCUCCUGAAUCUGGCACCGCUGUCCACGAUUAGCUGUAGCCAUCCAAGUGCCCAACCGGCAGAUGUUCUGCUUCAUCCCAAUCCGCCCCACCGAAGGGCACGCAGUCCGUCGUGGGCGCAUCAUUUCUAUCCAGCCGAACAGUAUAUCGAAUUGACUAUCACCUUACCUUGCCCGGUUCUCGUCAAAGAGAUCCAACUUCAUCCGCAUUUAACGUCCUUAGCCACUUGCCCGUCUGCUGUCGGCGUGGAAAUGUCGCCCGAAGGCAGCAGCCAACUCUACCCGGUCGGUGCCGUCUUGUCCGCCACUGGACUGACGACGAUCGCCUUCAAACUGGAAUCGCCCCAAGUGGCCGCUUUGCUCCUCUUGCGCCUCUACAAACCGCGCGACUCGUCCAACAUCGGCCUGGCUCAAAUUCGCAUCCUCGGCAGCUUAGCAUUACCUUCUUCGGACCAGUCAUUGGGGCCUGGCUCGAUGGCCGGCCAACACCAACCUGGACUAACGUGGCUCUGCAUUUUACACCAUUGUUUGUCGGUGGCUGAGAAAUCAGAGAACACCGAUCUGAUGUACUCACUCCGCCAAACGGCCGGUAGCCUGGAACGUCCAGGGAUGGUGGAGCGCUGCUGCGGGUUGUUGAACGCCCAUUUCACUUCGCCGAGAGCUGGAAUCUUGGCCGACGUUGUCCAAAUGGCUUCCGACAUUUUACUUCACCUCGGCCGGCAUUCCAGCGCCCUGGCCCAUCAAUUUAUCCGUUUGCAAUUGCAAGAAUCACCUCGCUUAUUACUCGGUUGCACGCCACCUGUUGCCAACGUCUUGUACGAAUUAUGCAGCGCUGAAAAUGAAAGUAUCGCUACGUUCGCUACACCACCGGGAGGAUCUGGACAAGCUUUGCUUUUCCAAUGGCUUCAUCGAGCUGCUGACCAGGGAUCGUUAUCCCAGGCCGUGUCUACUUCCAUGGUCCAUUGCGCCGCCGCCGUCCUCUGGCACAGUCCCUGCUCCAUGGAGAAAAUCAUCAAUUACGAUUUUGCCAAGUCCCUUUUUGAUUGGACGAGAACGAUUCAUAGUUCAGAGCUGAAAAUUGCUGUUGAUUUUGCACUGUGUUCAGUAUGCCGGCAUUACCCCGAUAUUUUCACUUCGUUGCUCUCUUCUGUCACAAGCGCGGGUUCAUCUUCUCCAUCUUCGCUUAACUCUGUUCUCCAAUCGAAACCCUUGAUGGAAACAUUAGGCAGAGCGGCCCAGUCUGAACCGGCCCUAGACAAACUGGUCCAAUCCGGCCUCCUGAAUUACGUUUCCCUGACUAUCACUGAAUACUGUCACUGUCUUUUGAAACGCCAAGAGGCCAUACCGGCCGAUUUAAUCGAGCGUGUAGCAGUGGCAUUUGAAUUUUGGACGCUCUUGUGUGAAGAAUGGGGUUCGGGAGCCAGCCGGGAUGUCCUUGCAGCCUAUCUAGCAGACAAAUCGCUAUUGCAAAUGCUUUUACAAGCACUUUGUAGUAGCAGUUCGGCCGAUGGCCAAGCCAAUCGUUUGCAAACGAGUAGAAUCGAAGACGCGGCCGUAGCCUUUUUCCGCCAAUUUUGCUGGGCCCAUCGUGAUAAUUCACGACGUUUCGCUGAAAUCCUUCUCGGUGUUCUUCAACCUGUCGGUUCGUCGUGUAAAUUGUUGACGGGAUUCACGCGACGUCUUCUGCUCCAGUUGUUGCUGGAAUCGGAGAAGAUCUACGUUUACGUGACGUCAGAAUCCGGCCAAUGUGGGCUACCCGUCAGUGCCGGUUCGUUGUCGUCCGCGACGAUUGCCGAGCCUCGCCAUCCGGCUUUUAAUCAUGGCAAAAAGCACAAAUUGCUUUAUGUCAGUGCGGAAAUCACGUGUGGAGAUUUUACCAAACUUUUGACAGACUGCGUGAAUGUGCCAAUGCCCGUCUUAAACUGCCAGGACAUUAAAACGGCCCUGAAUUUAACCAGCAAACGACCAACUGUUGAUCGUUUGCCAACGUCCGAUGCAGAUAAAAAAGCAAAGCAAUCCGCAAUGGAUUCGGAAGACCAACAGAGGGCAGCUUUAUCUCAAAUACUACAAAACCAGCAUUAUUUGGACCUUAUCGACCAUCCCAAUGUGCCUCUGCCUGACACCUGGACGCUUUCACAGGCGCUCAGCUAUCAGCGCCAGCACAAUCCGGCCUCUAGAGGAGCUCUCUGCUUGCGCUUGAACACGGAACUGGACUCGUUUCAAUCGUCUUCGUCCGCAACGACAUCUAUUGAGCAACAUAUCCAACCGUUGACGACUCUCCUGGAAGAAUUCGCCGACCUUGGCGGCCUGGCCGUUUUAUCGCAACACUUGCCCAUGCUGUUGUGCGCGUCGACAUCUACCACAUCAUCCGUAGCUUUUGAGAGUGUUACGCUGUCUCUGAAAGGAGGAAAUUCAAGCGGAGCUCAGAUGUCAUCUCAACCGUCGAUGACCAAUCCCGGCCCGUCUCAUUUGUCCAGCAAUGUCAACGGUGUAACAUCGGAGACGAUCGAUUCGUGGGUUAAGUUAGACGGCGGCUCUGACGAUAUGGACGAAGAAAUGGAUGAGAUUUUGAUGCCUUCCGGUUACUUUCCUCCGCCCACUCCGCAGUACAUGAACGCCAAACGGAGCAAAAGUGCCGGCCAGUCGCUGCCCACCACCUGCGCCCUUCCGCUCCACAGUCUGGCGGCCUUCAGCCUCUUUCUCAGCAUGCCACUCUACACCGAGGCCGUCCUCCAAGAUCGUCGCAGAGCUCAAAUGCUUCUUCGUUUGGCUCUUGGAGUCUCCGAUGAUGGCCAAGGAGGCAAUAUCCUAAACUCUUCGGAUGCAGCACUUUUCCCUGUUUUGCCGUUCGUCCUUUUACAGCAAGUGCUGGACAAGCAUCCGCUGGAUAGCGAAAAGGGAGCUGUUAUCCGACAGCAAGCUGUUGAUAUGGGCGUCCUACAAUUGCUGUUGGCAUGUUUGGCUGUUUUUACCCAACAAGUGACAUCGGCAAAUGUCGCGAUUCCAUCUUUGAACGUGCAGUUUGUUGUGGGCACUCCCAAUGGAUGCAGUUCGAGUGCACCGGUUAAGAAUGAAUCAACCAACAAUGAUGCCAAUCCUGCUGCAGCUACUCAGGCCGGUUCGGCCCUAGGUGCUGUUACAUCGCAAUCUCAGCUACAACAACAGCAAUACUGGGCAAAAGGAACUGGCUUUGGCACGGGUUCAACAGCACAAACGUGGGAUCUUGACGGUGCCAUGCAACGCCAGAGGCAACAGGAGGAACAAGCCACUUGCUUAUUGCAUACCUUAGCCGCCUACGUUCAUCCUAGCUGUACCCCAGCAGCUGUUACGCAACCUGGAUGUACCAGAUCGCAAAUUCUUCCGACAGAACUCCUUAACAUUGUCUUGUCAUCGCAUUUAGUGGCCGCUAUUUGCUCUUAUCUCCGCAAUGAUUCUGUGAUGGAUAUGGCGCGGCACGUGCCGCUGUACAAAGCCGUUUUGUUGCUUCUUCGCUCUAUCGCGGCUUGCCCGAAACUAGUGCCUCUCUUAUUACCUUCGUCUUUAGGGAACAAUAAGGGCAGUACGUCGACAAACGGAAGCAGUCAAUCCAUCCAUUCACUUUUGCGAAAGUUGAAGAAUUACGUUUCCAGCUACACCGCACGUUUAGCCUCGGUUCAAAAUCGAACGACCAGCACUCAAGAAGAUUCAGAUUCUGAAGAAGGCAUCGCUGAUUUAUCCAAAGACAUAUGCGAAACGUGGGCUAUUGUGAAGGAGGUAGUGUUAGAUCAUUCUGGAGGCGACGAAAUAGAUGGCCAAGACAGCAAAACGUCUGACCAGUCAAAAUCAUCUAUUGGCCGAUCUUUUCUUUCAACGGACUUGAUUCAGAGCCGGUCGCCUGAAAAACUUUAUUGCGAUGUGAUGCAACCAUCGCAAUUUGACUCGUACGAACUGCUUGUGGAGAGCCCUGACACAGUCAUGGGUAGCCGUUUCACCGUCGCUUAUCACUUUGAGAACGCAGUCAAAGCUGCAGGAGAACGAUGCCAUCCGAAUCGGAUGAAACGCUUAGCACAAGAGGUUGCCACUCUUACCACAUCUCUACCGCUUUCGCUCAGUUCAUCUGUGUUUGUACGAUGCGACACGGAUCGAUUAGAUAUCAUGAAGGUUUUGAUUACCGGUCCAAGUGACACACCUUAUGGAAAUGGAUGCUUUGAAUUCGACGUCUAUUUCCCGCCGGACUAUCCGCAGUCUCCCAUGCAAGUGCAUUUGGCCACGACUGGGAGGCACACGGUCCGUUUCAACCCUAACCUUUACAACGAUGGUAAAGUUUGCCUGUCGGUGUUGAACACGUGGCACGGACGACCGGAAGAGAAAUGGAACCCACACACGUCGAGCCUCCUCCAAGUCCUCGUAUCCAUUCAAUCAUUGAUUCUCGUGUCGGAGCCGUACUUCAACGAGCCUGGCUAUGAAAGGUCACGAGGCACGCCGUCAGGAAACCAAAACUCACGUGACUAUGACGUCAAUAUAAGACAGGCCACUGUCAAGUGGGCGAUGUUGGAACAGAUUCGCAAUCCAGCUGCAUGUUUUAAACAGGUGACUCACGCUCAUUUUUGGCUCAAACGUCAAGAAAUUGAAAAGCAGUGCGAAGAAUGGAUUGCCGAGAUGGAGAAGCAAGUGGAAAGCGAUCCCAAUGGCGCAAGAGCCGUUGCUGCGGGUUUGACCGCCCUUAAGCGCCAUUAUGGUCAAUUGAAGGAAGAAUUAGCUCGACUAAGCCCACCUCCGUGUUUGGCCAGUAUUCUACAACCGGAAGUGCCCAUGGAAGAAGAUGAAGAAGAGAAACCGUUGAAAACAUCGCCACUGCCCAGUGAAGAGUUUGCCAUCGCCUACGAAGAAGAGGAAGGCGAAGAAGAGGAGGAAGAAGAUGAAGACGAGGAAGAAUUGGAAGAAGAAGACGAGGAGGAAGUCUCUGGCCAGUUGCUGAAUGCGGGUAAAGAAGAAGAAGACGCCGAAGGUGAAGUUGGCAACGAUUUGGAGGAGCUGAAGGAGAUGAUGUUCUCCAACGUCGACUCUGACGUGCCACUCUCGUGGAAAGAAGACUUGGAGGACAGCGAGGCCGAAAUGGACAAUUUCGUCUCUCAGUUUACUAUCUAAUUCGAAAUUUUUUGUUUUUGUUUAUCUCCUGGUUCUGAAAUGAUUGAACAAGCUUACGUCCAGAGCAUGCCCUUGCACACCGUCAUCUUACAGAAUAACUGUUGAGUAUGUUUAUUUUGCAACUGAACUUUUUUUUUCAUUUUUCUGAGGGUUAUCGAAAUUCUUUUUUUUUUUUUUAACUAUUUUAAGACUACCUUUCUUCCCUCUUCAUUUGAUGAACAUUUUUGUCUUUUUUUUUUUCACGCUCGCCUACUUCAUUUGGAGCCCUGAUUUCUAUUAUCAUAUGGAGAUAAACUAAUAUGUAUCUAUCAAGUGUUUAAUGGCUGUCACUUUGUGAAAUAAAGCAAUUAUGCAAAA